AUGAUCUAUCUCUGUAGGCCAACCGAGAAGAAGUACAACCUAGCUGUUACUGUCGCCAUGGGGAAGUUCAUGGAUGCAGUCGUGGUUGAGGAUGAAAACACUGGGAAAGAGUGCAUCAAGUUUCUGCAAGCGAUUCAAAUGGCAGAAAAAACAGAGAAAUCUCCACUUAAGAACUUGUUCUCUGAUGUCUACGAUAUUCCACCAGCAAAUCUUCGCGAGCAAGAGAAAGAGAUUGUUUCGGCGAAGAAUGAACCUCAACGCCAUUUCAGAGGCGUGAGGAAGAGGCCGUGGGGUCGAUUUGCUGCGGAGAUUCGCGAUCCAUGGAAGAAGACGCGGCGUUGGCUUGGCACUUUUGACACUGCGGAGGAGGCGGCACUUGCUUAUGACGAGGCAGCUCGAUCUCUCCGUGGGCCAAAGGCAAGGACAAACUUCGUUCAGAACGAUCAUUUUGCUCCCGUGCCAUUUUCGCAAACUGCGGUGGUUGGUGCAGCUGGUUUUGAGAUGUGGUGCUCGCCGGUUUGUUUUGCUGGUGAGGUGGCAAGAAUGGCGGUGCCAGCUGCUGCGAUGAGGUCAGAGUAUAUGGGGUACAAGAUGGAGAAUGUGAAUGAAAACGUGGGUUUGGUUUUAAAUGAAGAGAAGUUGAGUGGAAGGAAAAGGCCGUUUUUGUUUGAUUUGAACUUGCCGGCACCGCUCUUUUGA